AUGGGAAACUCAGGGUCUAAUUCGAGCCGGGGCUUACUGGAGGAUUGGGAAUGGCCGUUGGAACGAGAGUUUAAUUCACAGAUGUUUAAUGAAAGAGACAGAAGUUGUAUUUUGAACAUCCCUCUUAGUCUUUCAUCGUGUUCGGAUGCGUGGUGCUGGAAAUUUGAGUCCAAAGGUCACUAUUCUGUUAAGAGUGCAUAUAGGUUCCUAGUUGAUGGCUAUCGACAUAGGGAAGGGAGCGAGAUAUGGAAAAGGUUCUGGAAAGCUAAAGUCCCCCCAAAAGUGCUUAAUUUCUGCUGGCGGGCUCUAGUUAAUGUUGUCCCCUGCCUCUCUUCUCUUCAGUCCAAGAGAGUCUCGGUUGAUCCUUCAUGCUCGUUGUGUCAUGCAGCCCCUGAGAAUGUCUUGCAUAUUCUGAUUCAGUGCCCUUUUUCCCAUAGCUGCUGGUUAAGCUCGUCGUUGGGUUGGCCUGCGCCUUCUGCAUCCUCACUAAAUGAGUGGUUUUCUUUAGCCUUCUCUUCUGCUUCUGUGGAAAAUGCCUCCCUUAUGCUAAUGAUCUUAUGGGCUUUGUGGCAAAACAGGAACAAUGUUGUUUGGAAGGGCCAGGGUCAGACUGCAAAUGGUGUGUUCUUCAUGGCUCUAAAUUUUUUGCAGCAAUGGAAAGAAGCUCGUGUCGAUUCAUCAGUAAGCACCAUUGUCGACUCGGCUCGCCCGGUUUGGUCUCCUCCACCGCAAGGUUGGAUCAAGGCGAAUAUUGAUGCCUCUUUAAGCUUGCAACAAGGUUUGGUAGGCUUCGGUUGUGUAAUCCGGAAUGAUGAUGGGAGUUUUAUGGCUGCUAGAGCAGGCUCUUUUUAUAGCCAAAUGGAUGCAAAGUGUGCUGAAGCUAUGGCAUUUCGAGAAGCAUUAAGCUGGAUUAAAGAGUGUGGAUGGGAUCGAGUCCUUUUCGAAUUGGAUGCUCAGAUCUGUGAAUGA